CUAACAUAAUAUUGCCAAUUGACAAAUAUGGUUCUCAUUUUAACUCUCAAGGCCAAGUAACUAAUUUGAAGUUUGCAAUAAAAAACUUUUAUUAUGCUGGUGAGGUUUGCACAUACUUGUAUAAUGGAAUUUAA